GCCCUUUAUUUCUUUCUAGUGCUCGCCUCCGCCGUAGUGACAGCGUAUUUCAUUAUCAAUAGAGUAGAGAGCUUAUUCGUUUUAUUUAUGAAUUUAAUAUAUUAAAUUUUAUGCAAAUGUUAAUAGAGUAAUGUGUUUGUAAUUUGUGAAUAUCUACAAUGGAAUCUAACGUGUCUUAUUGGUGAAUGAAACGUGUCCCUGUGCAAGUAUGUACGGCUCAAUAGAAUCUGUUGUCAACACAAAAUAAACGUGUAUUAUGCAAGUUGGAGCAAAAUGUGGCCGUAUUAGGUAAAUGUCGCGUCGUUUAUGUGUAAAAGUAUUAAUGUGGCAGUGUUUGUGCCAUUCUUAUUGUGAUAAAGUGGUGUGUAAUCAUAAUAAAUGGGAAUGUUCUGGAGGUAGCAGCAGUUUAAUGAAAGUAAAUAAGACUAUGAGGGUUAUAAUAUAAUGCAGUGGUGGCACAAAAUAUUGGCGCUGGCAAUAAUUUGCACAGCUGUGGAGGCGGACACGUGCCCCUCCACAUGCAUAUGCACCAGUACCAAGCUCUCAUGCUCUGCCAAUGAAAUACAAGACAACAAACUUACCAGAACGGUACUCGCUAACUAUGGUCCUCGACUGCAAACAAUCACAUGGACAGAUUCAAAGAUAACCUUGUUAGAGCCACACUUGUUUGAUGGGUUACACCAUUUAGAAUACAUCGAUUUGAGUAGAAACGAAAUAAAAAGGACUGAACAUGGACUGUUUGCUAGACUGACCCGUUUGAAACAUUUAAACAUAUCGAGGAACCAUCUCGAUGACAUUCCUAGGUUUACAUUUGCCGACCUGGAAAAUCUGGAGGUUCUUGAUGUCUCACAUAACCAACUUCAUGUAAUACCAUUCCAGGUCUUUGGGCCAAUGAUUAGAUUGCAAUAUUUGGAUAUAUCACAUAAUAAAAUAGCCACAUUCUUAGAUUACUAUUUUAAUCCCAAUCGUCAACUAAAAAUGUUGUUCCUAAAUAAUAAUAGCCUAGUCAAAAUUACAAGUAAUGCUCUAGUCAACUUGAGGGAAUUAGAGACACUGGAUAUAUCUAGCAACAAAUUAGACUAUAUACCUAAAUCAAUGUUUGAUAACUUCCAACAACUUAGAGAGCUAAACCUGAGCUACAAUCAGUUUCAAAACAUAUCACAAGAUGCUUUUAAAAAUCUAAUAAACUUAAGGUGGUUAAAUAUGGGCGGUAAUAGAAUGAGGAUGUUGCCGCCAAUGCUCUUCCAACACAAUGAAAACUUGAAUACAGUCUACCUCGAGCACACAGAAGUAACGGUUAUAGAAAAUACUAAUUUCAAAGGCUUAAAUAAUCUACAGCGACUUUACAUUAGAGACAAUGUCUUUUUACGUGAAAUAGAACCUUUUGUUUUCCAAGACAUCCACACACUGACACACCUGGAUAUAUCUGCAAAUGCAUUGACAAAUCUACCAUUAUCUUUGAAUACACUUGAUGAAUUACAAGAGCUUAGAAUAGGUGGCAAUCCCUGGGCAUGUGACUGUCGAAUGGCCUGGUUCGCUGAAUGGGCUGAGAAGAGGAAAGAAAUUAUAAAAUCCGAUCUGAGCUGCAGAUUGACAUACCCGAACGACAUGCUGACUAUUCUGAACCACACCAACUGCAAACCACCUGAACUGAUCACCAGUAGUCCUCUAACCCUAUACAGGUUGCAAACAGAUGCAUUAUUAGAAUGUAAAUUCGCUGGAAACCCAGCACCUUCGAUAACAUGGAUCACCCCAACAAGAAACGUAUUCCAUUGGAACCCUGAGCCUCUUAUACCGGAUAUAUUCCACAAGCAUGGGGUGGCCCACGACGAGCACUAUCACGCCAUAGACAAUUCUAAAUCGAGAGUGCGAAUUCGUGAAGAUGGAUCACUAUUUAUACGAGAUAUCCACAGAGAAGACAGUGGGACCUACUUGUGUUAUGCGACAAACCCGUCAGCCAACGUAUCAGCGACGGUUGUUCUCAACAUAGACCCAAUGACCAUGUUUGAGAUAAAAAUGUAUAGUUUACUGUGCGGGGCGAUAUGCGCCGCGGGUUUCCUGGGUCUCACGUUGUUAGUACAGGCGAUGCGUUACAUAUUUUACAGGUUUCACCUCAUGGAGACGUGUUGCAGCUGCUGCACUUGCGUUAGCCGUGACGCGCCGCGCACGCGACAGAUAUACAGUAUGUUGGACAAUAUUGAACAAUACAAAAGGCAGCAAUUGGAGAAGCUGAGAGAAAACUAUGCUGUCCAAGUACACAGAAUAAAAGAAAACUGCACACAACAAAUGGAAUGGAUACAGAAUAGUUAUACCAGCCAAGCGAACCACUUGAGGAACAUCAGGGAUAUAGGGACAAAUCAUUUAUCUUCCAUGAGGGACCAGUAUUACGAUCAGGUGAAACGAGUGAGAGAAUACUCGACGUGCCAGUUGAACUGGGUGCGGGAAAACUACGUUUUCCAAAGGAACAAAAUAAGGAAAUUCAGCGCUCACCAGAUACUUAGAUUGCGGGAAUCAUACAAGUAUCAGCAGCAGACACUGAACAAAGUGUUGGAGAACCUGCCGAGCCUGUACUUCGAGAACUGCCGCAGCGGGUCCUGCGGGCGCAGCGACUCCAUGGCCUUCGACCCGGACGUCGAGGUCAUCGACAUGUAUCUCAAGACUAAAAUAGAGAAACUAUCGAAACUCCCGAACCCGAUCCCGGACGACGAGAGCAAGAUAUCCAUUUACUACACGCCAACGGAGAGGUCGUUGAACUCGAGGAGGAACUCCCCGAUCCCCAUCCCCGAGGGCAUCCACAUCAACAUGAUCGAGCGGGCGCCGCCGCGGCUGCUCGCCAUGAUCAAGCCGCUGCAGGCGGCGCCACCGCCGACCGUCGAGUCGCCGACGCCUCCGGGCUCCCCGUCGCCGACCACGUCCAAGUGCGGGAUGCCGGUGCGGCCGCCGGCGAAGUACAGGAGCGAGGCGGAGGCGGAGUCGAAGCCGUCGAGCGAGCCGCUGCUGGGCCGCGGGCGCGUGGCGGAGCGGCGCUGCCACCAGCUGGCGACGAGCGCGAGCUCGCCGGAGCUGGGCGCGGCGGCGGCGGCGGCGGCGGCGGCGGCGGCGGAGGAGGAGGAGGAGGAGCGUGCGGCGCGGCACUGCCAGGCGCGCGUGCUGCUGGCGGUGGAGCUGGCGCGGCCCGAGCGGACGCCGUUGUAGUGGCGGCUGCUGACGCGCGUCUUCAAGAUCUACGCCGUGUCGGGCCGAAGCCUCGCGCGGCAGCGCGCGCCCGCCAUGCAACUCUGUGAUUUUAGCGGCCACUCGCCCUCCUUCGUCUGAUGCUCGGUGUUCGCGGAACAUAUCUUGCCCGAUGUUUCCAUUGUCAAUAAUAUCCUAAGGUAUAUAACACUAGUGAGAGGGGCCGACGGGUACGGUCGGCCCGCUGCGGAUACCGCUUGUACUUCUAAGUAAGCUGUGAUAGACUAGAUUUGAAUUUACAUACGUUUAGCGAAAAUACAUUACUGUCUAGUAAUAAUAGGUGGUAAGGAGUGUACUGAAACAGUCUGUGCGUUGUUCGUGUAGUGAAUCGCGUGGACCGGAUUAAUUAAGCGUUCUAUGGGUAUUAGGUCUUGUAAAUACAUCUGUUUGUUUCAAUCAUUUUCCAUUUUGAUGUAUUUUUAGGAUAAAACUCUUAGAGCAUUAUGCAUUUUUUAUAUUGGUUUAACUUAAAUAGAUUAAAGUGAGAGGUAUAAGGAAGUUGUUACAAUCUUGUUCUAAUUGUUGCGAGGUUAUUGUACAUUGGUGUAUCCAACCACAGCCGGCGCGGAGGAGCGCUCCUCUGCUCGGUCCUAGCGUCUGUCCGUCGUAUCCAUCUGAUCUCAAUAACUGAACGAUAAAUAUACGGAUAUGCUAAUAUACUACUGUACUGUAUGUUGGUAGAUAACUCAUUCGUCAUCUAGUACAUGUAUGAAAUUUUAAACUUUAUCUAAUAGGAAACAUUAUGUAUACUUAUAUAUUUUGUGACAAUGUCGUACAGUGCGUUAAAUGAGUCUUGCAGUGAUAUGCCAAACAAUACAAUCCAGCAAUGAUUAUAUUAUAUAACGUUUCUUAAUAUAAAAUAUACAAAUAUUGUUGAACAUUUUCUAAAUAUAUAACAAGAGUAAGCGGCUAAUCAUGAGAAUAAAUUAUUUUUCAAUGUA